AUGAUUGGGAUUGACUCUCUACUGUCAGUGGCAGCGUCCGCCACGGCAGUCAUCGCCUCUCUGCAGGCUGCUUCUCGGGCCAAGUAUCUUGUGGAACAUCAAGAAAUUGGAGUCAAGCAAGGGCCUCUCAUAUUGCCUCCAUCUACCUACAACACAAGUACCACUACUAGUAGUACUGAUGAAUUGGUAUUGUGGGACCUGGUACAAGUCUUUCAGCAAAGUGUGCAAUUGGGAUUACAAGAGCCAACUUUAGUAUUUAAGGAUUGUACCAUCCAUACAGAUGCCUUGGAGCAUCUGCUACAAAUUGGCAAGCAACAGGAUCCAUACUCCCUGUCACCAUAUGCCUAUCAGGCUGCUACUGCUACUGAUGCCAGUACAACAUCAUCACCCAAGAAUGAUAACCAUCAGGAGGAUCCUAACAAACUGAAUCAAUUGGUGGUUAGCAAAGAUCAGGAUGACAAUGAUGACACAACAAAAGAUAAUGAUAAUGAUUCCAUACAUGUACUGGAUGGUGUCAUGGAUCACAUCCAACAGUCAACAAACUACUGGACCAAGAGACUCUGGCAUUGGAGAAAAUCGAAACAACAGUUUCAACACUACCAAAAACAAUCCACUACUACCAGCAGCAGUAAAGAAGAAGGAGAUGAAGGAGAUGCCAAUGUUGCCAUUUCCAAACACACCCAACAUGUACGACACAACAACAACAAUACGUCAUUCCAGGCAGAAAUCACGGCAUAUGCACCGCAACUGUUUGCCAAUCUACGAAGAGAACAAUUUCUCAUUUCAGACGAAUCCUUUCAACGAUCCAUUUUCGAAUCGGGACCCUACAUUUCCUUUCAAUCCAAUUCCAAAGGGGCAGCCAGGGUUGGUGGAGUCUUCUUUUUUACCAGAGAUGGUGCCUACAUGAUCAAAACCAUCAAGCAAGGAGAAGCAGAAACAUUUCUCAAAAUGCUACCCAAAUACUACAAACACAUGAAACGACAUGCUCGGCAUUCACUCCUCACACGAUUCUGUGGCAUGUACACGGUACAAAUACGAGAUCCUGCCGCUAACGAAUUACAGAAACAUACCUUUGUCAUUAUGAACUCUGUUUUUCCCGCCGAAGCAUCCAAUUUCAUUUCCGAAAUGUACGAUCUCAAGGGAUCCACGGUAGGACGCGCAUGUUCGCAAGAAGAAAAGGCCAAAAAGGGCCCAAACGCCGUACUCAAAGACUUGGAUUUGGCACGGGAAGUUGAAUUGGUCAAGCAGUCCAAGUUCACGACAAGAGACAAUCGUGACAAGACGACAACAUCAAACCACAAUAGCAACAACAAUUAUGGAAUCCACUUGGGUGCAUCGGCCAAAUCCAAGCUUUUGGGACAAUUGCGAAAGGAUGUGGCGCUGCUACAGGAAUGUCGUGUCAUGGACUACAGUUUACUCGUGGGCAUUGUCAAUAUGGAUCAACAACAACCACAACAACAAUCAUCACCCGUAAGAAUUAUUGAUGCAUCCAAUGUCAACAACAACACUAUGGAAGAAGUAUUGAGCGAUCAUCCAGAACAAAAGCCAAAGGGCAUUUCUCUUUCGCAACGACUGUUUCGAUCCGUCAUGACACCGGUUCGACUCAUGAUGGCACCGCCGCUCUUUUUCAGCAAGAAACUAUACGCCGGCUCUCAACGAACAUUAUCCACCGUAUUGACGUAUCCGUUACCGCAUUAUGGUUCCUCGGUUUGCGUCGUGGAUGGUGGCGUUCUGUCGAUACUCUACGGCACUCGAUCGGGCAAGCGAGCCAUUUACUACUUGGGGCUGAUUGACUUUUUGCAGCCAUGGACGACACGCAAAGUGGUCGAGAAACAGUUGAAGGGAUGGCUCUUGCGUCAAGACACCCAUGCCAUUAGUUGCGUCGAUCCGGAUGAAUACGCAACACGAUUCUUGGACUUUAUCGAGGCUCAUGUAAGUUAG